GGGUGGGGGUUGGCUGGCAGUGAGUUUGUAGGUGCAUAUCCAGCAGAGCUGAAGCAGCCAUUUGGACGCAGUGUCUUGGACUUGGGGUUGAGGACUUUCAGGACCAUCUCCAGAAAGAUAUUGUGAACUCCUCGCCUUAUCUACUGUUGCUUCAGGUAUGGAAGAGGUGCUCCAUGGUUCUCAGUCACCUCACCCCAGCUGUGCUGGAUGAGGAGUCAGUGGGCUCUCAAGCUGAUCAAGUCUGAGCUCCAAACCUGUUUCUGUCCAUUUGCUCCCAGUAGUAACUGAUCCCUUUAUCCAUGUGCGGCUCAGCUAAUUAAGAAAUGCAUUAGGCAUAGACCUAAUUAGAGAAGCCUCAGAACAUCUUUGUGCUGAAGAUGCAUCGCAUCUUCUUGUUUCUGCAGCAAUCCUCAUUCAUGUUCUAUGAUCUUUGGAGUUUUUCUACUUCAUAAAUAGUGUCACCAGGGAAGAAAGUGUUAUUCAACAUGAGUAAAUAUGACAGCAUCUGGGUCUAUGGUUAAGUCAAACUCAAUCUGAAGUGAGAAGUGAAGAAGCCUGACUCUGUUCCAUGAGUCACUGGCAGAAUCAGGAUGAAAACAAGAAUCUCUUGUUACCAGCACUGCAAUAUAAACUCUGUUGUCCCAGCCUUUCAUUCACACAGUGAUAGCACUUAGAGAUUUGGUCUGUUUUCCUCAGGAUAAACUUUCACCUAUUGUUGCGUUAGGCAGGAAUCCCUUGCCUCUCCUUGCUCUUGCUUAACUUGCUCUGCUCCCAUAAACACCAGGAGUGCUGGGCUCCAACUGCCUGGUGUGGGCAUGAAACUACAAAUGCUGGCAAAUGGCAAGUGUUUGUUGCCCGCUGGGCUGCCCUUAGCCUCUCACCUGGGUAGGCACCUCCCUACAGCUCUUCCAGUUGUUUUCAUUUUUUGUGGGAUGCUGCAACCCAAUAUGAGCAUAUUAGAAUGCUGUGAGUCAGGCCUCCUAGAAACGUCAUGCAUGACUUAAAAUCACAAGGAUGAUCAAAAACAAUAAAAUGCAUGUUUUCUAUUUGCCUCUGGGCUUUCUAAAGUUAAGGCAUGCCCACGAAGGCUGGGAACUCAGGGCACCUACUUUUCAUGAGCUACACACAAUGCCUUUUCUCUUCUUUCUUACUUUUCCUCCUUUUUACUGAAACACUUACAGUAAAGUGACCAGAAUGGCCAAUGCUGGUUCUGUUGCUGAAAGCACUCAGUGAAACCAAAUGAGUGAUUUACCUUUUCCAACCGAAACGUGGGAUUUGACUUUUCACGACACCAAAAUAACUCCAUGUUUGGAUAUAAAGAACUACUUUAGGGAAACAUAAAUAGCUUUUCCUAAGAUUUUGUUUUUAGGUUGUGUCAGCAGGUUGGUGUUGGAUGAAAGUCACAACAGGGCUGAUUGUCCCCCUGAGACUGUACCUUCACUGUGUGGCUGACUGUGCCAUGGGUUUGGCUUUGGCUUGGCACAUUCAGCUCUUUUUGCCUUCACUUGGCUUGGUGCGGUUAGGUUGAUUGCAUUUUAAGAAUCAUAGAAUGGUUUGGGUUGGAAGGGACCUUUAAGAUCAUCUAUUUCCAACCCACUGCUGUAGGCAGGGACACCUCCCGCUAGACCGGGUUCUUAAUGUUCUUCUUCCAAGCUUUCUCUAAUUUUUCUUCUUCCCUUAAUGAAUUCUGAGCCUUAUAGCAAGAUGCUGGAAAGGCUGAGCUUGGCAUACCUCACCAUUCAGACUAAUCAGCUGGCUGGCAGCCAUGCUCUUGGACAAACGAGAUGCUGCAAAAUGAGUGCGCAGCUCAGCCAGGUGAGUGAAAGACUCCAUCCAAGUCUCCAAGAGUAAGUAAUUCAUUCCCUUGGGAACUUGUUGCUGUCCCAGACAUCACCACGCCGUGCUUCCUGUGCUAGGUGCAGUUCCUAGAGUUUAGAGCUUUUCGUAUCCAAAAAUGCAAUGGUAUCUGCCAAGACAUGCAGUCCUUCCCCUGAAAAGAAGAAAAAAAAGAGAUGAGAAAACAAACUCCACAUGAUGGAUGUUAGUCAUGUUGCUUAUAGCGCUCUUGGCAUACUCUCCACCUGGGACCCCUCUACUUACAUCCAGGAUUUAGGGUGUCAGACAUCCUGUGUGUGUGUGUGAGCCAAGCAUACGCAGAACAUAGUGGGGACUUCUUGAUGUCCCAGGCUGCUUUUACUUCCCUCUGUGCUGCAAGAUGUCUGUAAAUCUUAGGCAAAGAGUCCUUUUUCUCUGACACAAGGUUGGUGGAUGGAAAAAGAGUGUGCCUACAGGGAACUUCAUGUAUGGAAACAUCGCUUCAUUUGUGGAUGGUGCCAAAAUGCACGGUUUUACUGCAGGCUGUGUGGCUUGGUGGUGAUUUUCUGAAAUCUGUGCUCUGGAAUUGUGUUAUCACCCAAGAAUUUCAACCAUACAAACCAACCAAAGUUUCCAGCCUCCAUGUUUAUAAAAUAAAGUUGGUAUUGUAUGAUUUCCCAGAGUAUCAAGAAAUGUAGAUAAACAAGAACAUAUUGAACCUGUAUUUUGGAAACCAAUUGUGUGGCUUUGAACAUUUUGUGGUGGCAACUUCAUAAUUUUCCCGUAACAGCUAUGUCUGUGCUUGUGCAGUUUGGCUUGCAACACCUUCUGUAACAACGAGAUCAAUGUCCUUUUGUAUAUAUUAAGCCUUGUUCUAUUUUUCCUUCUGGGUCUUGAGUCACUAACAGGAGAGAGAGCAUUACAUGUGAGGCAAUACAGGCAUUGUAAGACUACAAGAUGGAAUAUACUUCCCUGCGAAGUAAAGUUUUGAGGCCUUUCCACACGUUUAAAAGGAAUGGAAGCUUAAACUCUGCCUGCUCAGGUUUCUUGCUUCUAGCAAAGUAAUUCUCUUUCUUUCUUGAAAGCAGGAAGGUUGUUAGAUACAAGGAUUCAAAACAGGAAGACAAAAAAAGCCUCUGAGCUCAAGUAAUGUGUUGAUGGGAAAAUGUUUGCUUGCCUUUAGCUGUAGUGUAGCCUUGCUUCCUUGAGGCUGUUUUACUGCAGGCAAAACACAACAACAUUGCAAUGAAUAAAAUAUUAAAUACUGCUGAGGUUUUUAUAAGGACACUUUUAUAGUUCUACCAGGUGCAGUGGCAUCCUCUUAAUUACCCUGACAUGACAAAGAGUGCUGCAAAGCUGAAGUGUUGAUUCUCUGGUGUACACAAGGCCAUAAAAGUAGCAGCCAGCGAAGGGAUCAACUGCAGCUGGAAGGCUCAUGUCCAUGCACAGAACUGGUCAGUGUUAUUUGUUCAGAUCUGUCCUUAGUCAUCACCCUGCCAGUGGGAGGAAAUCAUUCUAACGCAUAUAAAACCCAUCCAUAAAAAGACAUCACUCGAUUUAGCCAGCAAAGGAAUUCAUAGCACUGAUGUUGUCUUAAAUGCCAUCGCCCUCCAGUGCUUCCCAUUGGGCCUUAUUUUAUUUAACGUGUGUGAUGCAGUAAGGAGCAACGUGCCCAACUAAUGCUCCCUGUCUUUGUCCAUCUUUGUAGCUCUGUGUUAGACUCUUCACAUCAAACCCCCAUCCUUCCACAACCUCUGUGCAUCUGAUAACUGCUCUGCUUUGCUAAAUGAGUAAAGCUCAUGUGCAGUUACUCCUUGUUGUCAAGUCUUUGACAGGACCUGACCUGUUGGAAAUGUAUCUCUAGUAUUUCCCCAGACGUUAGCAGGAUCCCAUUUCUCAGGAGCAGAAUCAACCCCGACCUCACUGAAAUGCUUCUUACACGUGGUGCCAAUGCAAACCAUCAAUUUUCCCACAGAAUAUUGAGAGUAAAUGCUUGCCCUUGUACUAAACCUGCCCCAAGUGUGCUAGGAAAGGCUCACUAUGCACUGUAGUGAGGUUAUGCCUCUUUUGUCCUUGAGAUCUAUUCAUCAUACGCUGUACAGGAAGAGGUAACUUUUGUUGUUAGAUAUGGACCAGAACACAGGUCUUCAAGGUUUAUGACUUUCUCUGUUUUGCUUAUUGCUUUGCUUUCUCUGAUUUACCUGUGACUUAAUAUUGAUUCUGAACUACGCUGGGACUUUUUGUUAUCAGACAGCUUUCUGGUUUAUGGUUGGUAAUUCUCCCAGUUCCUCUCCUCCAAGAGCAAGGGCUCCAGCCCAUCAGCUCCAGCACGUUUCACAGUGGUGCUUUCAAUGAUCAGUGCUUCCCCCAGUACGUUUUGCUGGAUGUUAUUGACGCCAGCAUAAAAGCAGCACAAGAGGUUGUGUCUCAUACUGCAGUACAUAGCCCAGCAUCUCUGCCAGUGCUGCAAGUGGGCCCAUCUUGAUUCUGAGCUGGGUGACCAUCCCUCCCUCCCAGCUGCUUACUGGUGGUAUUCUGGUUUCAUAACCCAGGGCUCGGCACAGAGUGGGGACUCAUAUUUAUGGGGUUAUUCUGACUGGCUUUACAGUCCACGUGGCUCAGCGUGGCUAAGCUGGUAGCAGUGCCUGAGCUUCAUUUAAAGGUAGCUUGAGUGCCUCUGUGUUGUUUAACAGCCACAUCAAUGGCUGUCAGGUAGAUAUAACUUAAUGCUUGAUGUAUUCAGCUGUAUAAUUAGGUAUGUCAGCAAAUUAACAGCAGUAUUUUAGGCAUAAUCCAUAGCGAGUGCUAGUGAACUUGAUGUGGUGUGUAUAAAUAUUAUUCUGUACUAGUUUGGACAAGAAAACAAGUAAGGUGAAUAUUGUCAAGCAGAUUCCUGAGAGCUCCACAUAAGAGAGCAAAGCACAAGGUAAAGUAGGCUUUAUAGGUUUUGUCAGUAUGUGCACGCAGGGUGAGGUAUAUUUUGACCAACAUGUCCACGGGAGGCAAAGGGAAAAAGCUAAACGGGGCAGCAGUGAUGCCACAGGAGAGGCUGGGAGAAUGUGUGUUUCUAAUGGUCUGAUUUUCCUCUUUAUUUGAUGAGGGAAAAGGCUGAAAGGAUGGGAUGGAGUGCUCUGAUGUCAUAAUCUUCUGGAUUACCGGUAGGUCAUAAUCCCACUACCCAGCAGUGAGCACUUUGCAGGGCACCAAGAGAGGGGGAAGCGAGCAGCAGAGAGGGAGAAAGAUGGAGAGAGGAAGAAGUGUGGGAAAGAAAGCAGGAAUCACAGAUGGCUGAAGCUUCCCAUUGACUGCUGCACGUUAAGGAGCAUUAUCUGAGCUGUGUGUAGGUAGUGUGAGUGUUCUUAGGAGCGUGAUGUUAAGACAAAGCCUCUCCUCACCUUUUGACUCAUCCAUGAUCCAAAUCCCCGACCUUCUGCUCUGGAAGAGCAUCCGGGCACUUUCUGUGUAACGCCGGUUUGAUUAUUGCUGUGCAGUGGUACAUCUCGGAUCGAAAACAACAAGAGAAAUCUCAGGAAGUUCUUCGAGAUUACUGCAAUCUCAUCAGUCUGGUGUGUAGAAGAAGAGAAGAUGGCUCAAGAAACUAACCGUAGCCAAGUCCCUAUGCUUUGUUCCACUGGUUGCGGAUUUUAUGGGAACCCUCGGACAAAUGGCAUGUGUUCAGUAUGCUACAAAGAACAUCUUCAGAGGCAGAACAGUAAUGGUAGAAUUAGCCCUCCUGCAACUUCUGUCAGUAGUAUAACUGAGUCCUUACCGGUUCAGUGCACAGAAGGCAGUGCCCAGGAAACUCAGUCAACUUUAGAUUCUUCAUCGACUCAAUCUAUGCAGCCAAGCCCUGUAUCAAGUCAGUCACUUCUAACAGAAUCUGUAGCAUCAUCCCAACCCGAUAGCACGGCUGUGGACAAAACAGUACCUGAGACAGAAGAGUUGCAAGCUUCAGUGUCAGAGAACGCAGAGCCUACACCUGAAGAACAAGACAAGUCACUUGACAAACCAAAACAGAAAAAGAAUCGCUGUUUCAUGUGCAGGAAGAAGGUUGGACUUACUGGGUUUGAGUGUCGGUGUGGAAACGUUUACUGUGGCAUGCACCGCUAUUCAGAUGUACACAGUUGCUCUUACAAUUACAAAGCUGAUGCUGCUGAGAAAAUCAGAAAAGAGAAUCCUGUAGUUGUGGGGGAAAAAAUCCAGAAGAUCUGAACUGCUGCUCCUGCUGGAAUACAAAAUCCUUUGACCAUCUGCAGAUUAAAUUGACUUGAGCUUUUUUUCCUUAGUCAUCAGGAAUGUAGAGCAGUGUACCUUGCCUAGACCUUUUAAUCAUGCAUGUCAUCAGAUGAAUAGAUUUUGUUCUUUGUUUUUGUUUUGAAAAUGACCGAACAUUUAUUUUCAUUGCAGUUUUCUGUGGUUGAAGACUUAAGUAAAAAACUUUACAAGUAUUAUCCUUUAAGAUCAUUUUAAUUUUAGUUGAGUGCAGAGGGCUUUUAUAACAAACGUGGAGAAAACAUUGGAGGGCUGUGCUUUUCCAGGAUAAAACAUGCAUGAGUUAACUUUGCAGUUUAUUUUCUUGUUGUAUAUAGCGUUUCUCUGCAGCACAAUUUCCUUUUUUUUUUUUUUUUUUGGAUAAUGCCUUGUAUGGCACAACUAGUUAUCAGUAACUGAAUGUAUUUUAAUCAUUAUGGCUGCUUCUGUUUUUGUUCCCAUUAACGAGAGGUUAUACAUGUUCGCAUAUUAGCUUGUUUGCACCCUCUACCUAUUUAUGUAUGAAUCAUUUGUAAUGAGAGUGUGUGCUGAGAUUGUUUGUGUGGUUUGUUUUUUGUUUUGUUUUUUUUUUUAAUUGGUUUUUGUGUGUAUGGGGGGAAGGCUGUAUGCACUUCACUGACUGCAGGUUUCAUUGGUAUUACAUCCAUCAGUCUGUCUGUACACAAUAUGAAGAAUGAUCUGAAGUACCUGUGCUGUAUUUAUGUUUAUCCAUGUCUUAACUUUGAUUAAAUAAAAUUAAAAAAAAAAAAAAUGGA